UGUGGGUAAUGCCCCGUUACUAAUGCAAUAAAGCUCCUGGAAGCGAUCCAGGCACAAUGCGUGGAUCAUUUUUAUCUGACAGACCCACAACUACUUUCUCCUCCACUCUCGCGCUCUGUCAUUACCAGCCAACUGCUGCCUGUCUGUAAGUAGACCUUUUGGGACUUCAUAUAUUUGAUUGAUUGUUCUUUAUUGUGUACAGUACAGAGACAUUUCUCUCAUUCAGUCAGAUUGUUGCAGAAUGAGUGAAGAGAAAGCACAAGCAAUAGAGGAGAGUGGGAGAUCUUGUAUUUGUUUAUGGUAAGUUUUAAAAUGGAAUUAGGACAAUAAUUAUUAGAGAAAUAAUACCUCCAUAGAAUACAAUGCAAACCUGCCUUCUUAAUGCAUGUUGUUUUAAUAACACUGAAUGCAAUUAAAUACUGAAUACAAUAUGAUUUUUAGUGAGUUGAUACAUAUCUUCAGAUCAUACAUAAAAACAUUUUCCACACUUUUAUCCCUUAAUACAUUAAUGUUAUUCAUGAAAUACUGUAUGUAACGUGUUAGACUUAAAUAUGAUAUGCAUUUAGUUGUCAAAUGUUUUAUUGUCUGAAAUAUAAUAUAAACCAAAUAAGUCAUAAAAGUUGAAUAUGAGUUCUGGUCAAGCAUUGGGUCACUGGAUUUAGGUUGUCUAGGUGUCAAGAAUGUGACAUAUUGCAACUUCCAAGAGUCACCUGUUUUACUUGAGAACUCUCUCUCUCCUCUCUCUCUCUCAUUGAACCUAGUCCAUUGUUAAAGUGUACACAUUGAUUGCAAAAUGGCAUAUUGCAUCCCUCAACUGUAUGUCCUUAGCAUAGUGUGUGCUGUGCUGCAUGGCACAAUGUGUGAUGAAAAGUCACUGACUCAAUUCCCUAGAGUUUUAAAAUGUUGUGCCCAGCAGCAAGUUCCCUUCCCUGGAAGGGUUCAGUGAAUUUCCAGUCACACAGAUGGAUGGAGAAUAACUAACUGGGAUAAUCAUUUAAUUAAUUUAUUUAUUAUUUUGUCAGGAGUUGCCUGUCUUUGUGUAACCAGCAUCCCAUCAUGGUGGCGUUCAAAGGAAUCUGGACCAAAGACUUCUGGAGAGCUGUGUCAGCCGAGUACCUAGCCACCCUGAUCUUCAUCCUCCUCAGCCUGGGCUCCACCAUCAACUGGGCAGCCGAGUCGGACAACCCUCCCCCCGCAGACCUGGUCCUCAUCUCGCUGUGCUUUGGCCUGGCCAUCGCCACCAUGGUGCAGUGCUUUGGACACAUCAGUGGCAGUCACAUCAACCCAGCGGUCACAGCGGCCAUGGUGGUGACCAGGAAGCUGAGCCUGGCCAAGGGUGUCUUCUACCUGGCUGCCCAGUGCCUGGGGGCGAUCACUGGGGCAGGGCUCCUCUACCUCGUGACACCAGUGUCUGUCAGAGGGGGCCUUGGAGUGACUAUGGUAAGACAUAUAGUUGAUCCUUAAAAUCAGAGAAUCUAGUUUAUAGCCACACAAGUAUAGCAACAGUCAGAGUUGACACUAUGGAUAAGAUAGUAUUUGAAAAUCUAUUUUUGCUAUUUUGGGACUAUUCCAUCAGGCAAGCUCAAUCAAGCACAGCUAAAGUCGUUUAUAAAAAGAAACGAUUUGAACCCAGGUCUGGUAUGGAUUGAUGUCAUGAAAAGUAUUGUUGAUUCACAGAGGAAGACAUACUGACUGUUGCUAACUCUUACUCUUGUUUCCCAGGUGAACCCAAAGCUCAACGUGGGCCAAGGCCUGUUGGUGGAGCUCCUGAUCACCUUCGAGCUGGUCUUCACCGUGUUCGCCACCUGCGACCCCAAACGCUCUGACCUUAACAGCUCGGCUGGGCUCGCCAUUGGACUCGCUGUAGCCAUCGGCCAUCUGUUCGCAGUGAGUGGGGUUCUAUCUCUAACUUGAGUUAGGUAAACUAGAGGACAGGCCACAUAUUGUAGUGGUUAGAGCACUAGGAUUAUAGUGAACCUGAAGGCCUCAACAGUCAGACAGUAUAUUUAAUUCAAUAUAUCCUAUGGAAGAAAAUGUAUACAGUGCAUUGAUGUAGAUUGGUGAUGUAGUUUGUUCUUUAAUCAUCAUAAUGGUAGAAUAGUACAAUAUAGUACAUUAGUUCCCAGGACAUCACAGUUAGUUUAGAGCUCACGUCCUCAUUGGGUACCGCUGUUCCUCCUCCAUGGCAACCAACUCUCUACAGUCCCCUCAUGUUAACAUCUCUAUGCCAUGCUUUGUGUUCUAGAUCCCAUACACAGGAGCCAGUAUGAACCCCGCUCGCUCCUUUGGGCCUGCAGUCGCCACCAUGAACUUUGAAAACCACUGGGUAAGAUAGAAACUGCUGCCGCCUUCUCACCCUCAAAGGGCUAUACUCCCACACAGUUGUCGGUGAAGGGUGAAUAUCUAAGCCAUGUUGUCCAUAUCUAAGCCAUUGGUGGCUAUUUGCCAAUAUAAGGGACACAUCUGUUUGAUGUGUUGAAACCAUAUCUCAAUGAAUUCAGACCUGCCAUGUUGUGAAGCAUUAUUGAUCAUACACUGAGUGUACUAAACACUCUUUCUAUGACAGACUGACCAGGUGAAUCCAGCUGAAAGCUAUGAUCCCUUAUUGAUGUCACCUGUUAAAUCCACUUCAAAUCAGUGUAGAUGAAGGGGAGGAGACAGGUUAAAGAAGGAUUUUUAAGCCUUGAGACAUGGAUUGUGUAUGUGUGCCAUUCAGAGGGUGAAUGGGCAAGACAAUAAAUUGAAGUUUCCUUUGAACGGGGUAUGGUGUUAGGUGCCAGAUGCACCGGUUUGAGUGUGUCAAGCACUGCAACACUGCUGGGUUUCUCAUGCUCAACAGUUUCCCGUGUGUAUCAAGAAUGGUCUACCAGCCAAAGGACAUUCAGCCAACUUGACACAACUGUGGGAAGCAUUGGAGUCAACAUGGGCCAGCAUCCCUGUGGAACGCAUUCGACACCAUGUAGUCCAAGCCUUGAUGAAUUGAGGCUGUUCUGAGGGCAAAAGGUGGUGCAACUCAAUAUUAGGAAGGUGUUCCUAAUGUUUUAUACACUCAGUGUAUAUCAUUCAUUAUACAGUUGAAUAAUGAAUAGUAAACUCAUUGCUUAAAAUAUCGGGUCAGAUAUGUGUUUAGAUGUGAUUUUGUGAUAAGUGUUCAGGUUGUCACUGUUAUUCAGUAACUAACAUUGUUGAUAUCAUUAAUAGUGGGUGGCUACAGCUACAGGGCUAUGGACAUAUUGAAACCUAAUAAGGUCACAGUGCAAUUAUUGCAUAUCACCAUGCCAAUGCAGCUGAAGGAUCCCAUCUAGUGUCGUCCAAUGACAUCUUUACCCCCCACAGAGGACGGGAGUGCUACAAAGAUUAAAACGGAAAGGAAAUACUCACCUGAAGCAUGCGUAUUUAAUAGGUUAUAUAACCCUCGCUACUAGGUAGAUGCAUGCAUUGUAGCUUGCUAUUGCAUAAUAAAAGGAACAGCACAGACCAGUUAUAGACAGGUGUUAAUGGACUGUACACAGCAUGUGCUUCUUUAAUUCAGUAUCCAGGCCAAUCAUUCUCACGGAGCUGUUCAUAGUUUUUACUGACUCAGUAUGGCACAGUGGAACUGCAUGGUGUGUGUGUUUGUAUAUUGGGGGGGGGGGGGGGGGGGUCUGGGUCUUGGAUGUAAUUAGGAUAGGUUUUCUCACUGAGAAUGGUGUCAUUAUCUGGCGGGUGUUCGCUCUCUCUUGGUAACAAAUGUUUGACUUGGCAGAACCACUGAGGAUGCCCAUAAACAAUGACUGGUGCCCCUUUACAGACAUGACAAGACAUGACAUCUAGUCUAAUAAUGCAUGGCAGCUCUGUCAGAAUGGGGUAUCCUCUGCUGUGGUAUUAGGUUCAUAUUUGUCUGAACUGGGUUUUACUUUACCUGUCUUGCAGGUGUACUGGGUUGGUCCAAUCCUGGGUGGCAUCAUAGCGGCUGCCCUCUAUGAAUACCUGUUCUGCCCGGACCCUGAGCUGAAGAAGAUGCUCCGGGACUUCUUCCAGAAGGAUCCGGCGUCGACCAAGUACAGGGAGGUGGAGGGCAGCGUGUACCAGGGGGAACCAGAUGACCUGAUCACCAAUCCAGGCUCCAUCCACCACAUCGACCUGGAGAAGGGGGAAAAUAAGGAUCCUUUCCGGGACUCGACGGGCGAGGUGCUGUCAUCCGUAUGACUACCACAGGCACUGGAGAGGGAGACCAACCUGUAGAGCAGGGUGAGAUCCAGAGAGAGACACUUUCAGUCUAGGUCCUCCACCACUGCAGCCCCUUACUCCAAGCCCCCCCAUGCCUUAACCCACACAGACUCACUUCUCAGGCAGAAUAUGAUUGCUGCAUGUCCUCUCAAUGCAGGUGUAUUAUUGUAUAUGGAGGUGAGCCUCCCUCAACAUUUGUGAACUAACUGGAUAAUAUAACUUUGCACACUGCUCCCACCAAUUACCCAUAUCAUAUGACAUCUAUUGAUCUCUGCAAUCUUGUCCCAUCAUCUUCUGGACCAGAUGUGUUUGCUUGUGGCACUCUACUACACUGCAGGGUGAUAACAAUACACUAUACUUCAGGGAUUUCUGUCAGGGAAAAAUGUCCAGGUCAACCAUUUACAAUGGGUCAUCACACUGAAAUUGGAAACUGGAGAGAAAACGUCAGGCUUAUUCUUUUUGGAUUAGUGUCACAAAUUGUAUAAGAUAUAUUAUUUACAUUUUAGUCAUGUAGCAGAUGCUCUUAUCCAGAGCGACUUACAGUUAGUGAGUGCAUACAUUUUCGUACUGGCCCCCGUGGGAAUCGAACCCACAACCCUGGCGUUGCAAGCGCCAUGCUAUACCAACUGAGCUACACGGGGGACAUAUGGUUGUUAAGCACAUUAGAAAACCAAUGCUAUGAAGGACAAGUUCUAUUGGAC